CGUUUUGUCUUUUAAUACUUAUUUCUGCUCUAAAACAUGAUACAAAUCAACAAUACGUGACAAGGAGCUGAUAAACUAAAUAUACCGACACACAAAAUCUAAAUUUCACUUCCUUACUUGAUAUUUUUUCAGGCAAUUCUUUCUCAGGAGUAUUUUCAGGGGUCUAAUCCUGGAUCUCCUCACUUCUGGUUACUUAUAAUGUUGGUGAUUGAGGAAAUUAAGUUUAUGUUAUAAUGUUGUUAUAUGUUGUUAUAAUCACUCAGUCUGAAUAAGGACUGAAAGCAAAAUUUUUCAUGACUUUCACUGGAGGUCUGUUUAUUGCCUUUCAUGUGUUAUCUGCUGUGAUUUAUAUCCAGUUGUUGCAUUAAAAGCAAUAUUGUCCCUGUUAUAGUAUAGUAUAGUAAGUAAUAUAUAUAUAUAUAUAUAUAAUAAACUCUGCUCCACAAUGAAAGCCAAUCGCUGUCUGAUACGCAAAUGCCACUAGCAAAGAAACCUGAAACAAGCAGAUUUGUCAGUACAGAGAGCGGGAGUUUGCACUAGCAUAGUAAAAGUUUUGACAGCAAACAUGGUGGAGUGUGCAGUUUUGCAGAGGUAAACCGGACACUGGAGCUUCCUUCAACUACUAACGUUAAGUAAUAACAAUGUGAACACGCUGUGACAUCAUAGCAGAUAUUAUUAUUUCCCAACCACUAACGCUGUGUCAGCCACUGCCAAUUGCAAGCAUAAACUGUAUAAAACAUGGACCUAGUGUCUGUGACAUCACCAAUAGCUGUUCUGAAGCUCAAAGUGGGUGGCUCCAUCCGUCGCCAUCUUGGACUAUGGCUAAUCCAAAAAUGGGCAAAGAGAUUGUUGUGGCACCCAGAGGCUAGCCACCUGAGAGGGCACCCACCUGUCACUCAAAGCGGCCACAUCCUUAAUUAUGCAUAACUUUAAGCUAUAAUAUAAUUUGGUGGGUGAGUUAUAUUAAAAUUCACCCCCGCACAGUUUUCAUGAAGGGGGAAAUUAGCUAUAGAAGCCAAAACGUGUUUAUUUCUGUGGAUAAAGUUGGGCAUUUUAACAUGUGGGUUAAUGGGGAUUGACUCGGUUUUGGAGCCAGACUUAAGUGGCCAUUCGAGGAACUGCAGUUUUUGGGACUUCCGUGUUGGCUUCAUUUUUCACCCCAGGAAGUUGCCGCUUGGUUGCAAGCUAACAAACAACAUAAACAAAUAAAAUAUGCUAACUACACUUACCAUUCUGAUACAUCUGCUAGUUGCUGACUCCUCAUCUGGGUCUGAAUGAGGCUCAAACAUGUAUGGCUGAAUCGCUCUCUCACCCACAUCCAUGCUCUCACUGGCACUGGUCAAUCUAACAUGCAGCAAUGGUGAAUGGGGCAUUCAGAGAUCCAGAAUUUCUCUGGUUGUAGUUUUUGGGAAAUUGUUCAAGGUUAUCUACUGUCUUUUUAUGGAUAACAAGAUAAUACAUCAAGAGUAACAGCGUGAAUAAGAUACAGAUACAAGGGAAAGGGAUAUUCCACAGUUGGAGGACUAGCUUACCUUGGAAUCUAUGGAAUAACCUAAUUAAGCCUUGUCCAGCUUGACUUGGAUGUCCUCCAGGACGAAAUGACAUCAUGAAGGAUUUAUCUCUGUCCCUGCUGAGUCAGGGUUGUGGUCGAUUCGUCUCUUCCAACAGAAACACGGGGAGACAUGAUGGACGGUUGGAUGUCUGCUUCACUCCGCAGGAUUACUACAUCUGGAAGUCCCAGGACUCUCUCCUGCGACUGUCCAACAGCGGCCGUCUGCUUGCGGAGGCAGAGUCAACUCUACCAAAGACUUACAGCACUCGUAGGGGGCCACUUCUACUAUACUCCCAGGACUUGGUUACUAUGGAAAUCAGUUGUCACUCAGAGACCAGAGACAGGAAGCAGCGGGCAGUUCGGCGGUACACUCAACAAGUGGAACAGCAGCUGAGCACCCUCAAGGAGCUAACUGCAGCCAUUUUGAGCUACAGCAACAAUAAGUCCACCUCCUCCAGACUCGGCCCACCCUUCUUUCCUUCUCUUCAUCUCCCUCUUGCUCCGGACCUUCAUCGUCCCAGUCCUACGCCCAUUCGCACCACACAAGAGCAGUCCAGUCCAGAUGUGCUUGUACAGUUUAACCCCCAGUGGCUUCCUGCAGAGAGAAAAACUGAACAACUAGAGAAUCAAGCUGAAGAUAAAGAGGAAGAGCAGGGCAGCAGGAAGAGAGUCAGGCUGGAUCUUUUCCUCCAGAUACCCUGUACCUCCAGGACUCCAACUCCACAGAUGGAGCCUCAGCCCUGGGUACACUAUGUAGCAAUGACCCCUGAAGAACCAGAAGAACCUCAGACUUACUUAGACAUGAGUCCGCAGCAUACUGAAAGUUCACAGCAUACUGAAAUAAACCACCACAGUAUGGGAGGGGAGCUCCAUCAUCCAAACAUGAAUUGUGUCCGUGACGCAACAGAUGAUCAAGGCUGUUCCACUGAAGACAGUGGAACGACCGGUGAUAAAGGCAGCUAUGAAAGAUUGAUAAGUGGGAACAGACGUGGGAGGAUAGUCAGACCAUGUGGAGCAGAACAGCGUUCAAACACCGAGCCUGAAACAAAUACUACCACAGGCCUCCUUCCUCCUCUGACAGUGGGACAUUCUGUCUGUCGUGGACUGUGCUGGGAGAAGAAAGACAGGCCAAGAUGGGAGGCCCCCAGCAGUGAUGAACACCAUGCCCAGCGCCUACCUCCCAUUGCAGAGAGUUGCACUGUUGCCCCCAGCCGGACUGAUCCAGAAGUUGGGUUUCAAACCCAAGAAACUCUGAAUCGACUCCACCAGCAGGCUCUGUUUCUUCCUCUGUUGUUUCCUGGGAUGGAGGAAAAGAUAAGUGAGAAGCAAAGAGGAGGAGGAGAAAAAACAGAGAAACAAUACUUUAAAAAAGAGACAGUAGGGCAGGGAGGAGGAGGAGGAGGACGAGGAGGAAGGCUACCCUCUGAGAAAGGCUCUAUGAUUCUGCUGGAGCCAGAAGAAGAGCCUCCUCCUCCAGUAGGAGUGUUGGGUUGUGUUGCAGGACGGAAAGGCCCGGGCAAGCAGAGCUCUUUGGCCUUCUUACAGAACCGACCACUUGACCUCCAGGAUCCCUGUGAAUCCAGCGAUGCUAACAGAGGCGUGGUUAGGGGCGUUCUGCCUCUGGAGCUGAGAGAUUUGCAGAACGGCAAAUCUGUUGGCAGCCUGAUUCUGGGUCCUGAUGGGGAGAUCAUUCAACUGUCGCUGUACGACAACAGCCAGGACCCAUCUCAGGGUGAUGGUGACACACAGGAGCAAGCUCUCCAGGUUUUGUCUGCAGAAGGAGAGAAGUUACCCUGGGUCAUUGUGCUGCAGCCUGAACAUACACAUACAGGGGGAGGGAUGGAGCUGAACACAGAUGUUCCCGUGGGUGACAUCCAGCACCAUCAGUCCAUACACAAGCUCUUAGAUCUUCACACAUCAACAGAGACUAAUGCAUGCUCACCCAGCAGCCACACAGACCCAGUGGCUGUGACCAAGAAAAAAACAAAGAGUGCAGAGGCAGUGGCGGAAACAUGGAAGGCACCAAAAAAGGAUGGUAAAAACAAUGUCGGGAUUCCUCCACUGAGUGAGCGGGUAGGGAAGGCGGAGCCAAGAGGAGGCAACACUGAGGCAGAGGAGGAGGACAAUGAGGAAGAGCUGGGCAGUACAGGACAGACUAACCAUCUGUCUGAAUCACAUCAGCCAGGCCAGCAGAACAUCAACCCAAAUGAAGCAACAGCAGACAACGCUGUGGACAAAAGGAAGAGGAGUACUAAGAGGAAGGACGCUGAGGAAGCUGCAACAACCACAGGGAAAAGGGAUAUGAAAACAGUGAAAAGUGCAGAAUCAGAUGGACAGAAGACAUCGAGGACGAGGAAGGACGGAAGAUGGCAGAGACAAAAGACAGGAAGUGAUGCUCAGUCAAUCAGGAGCCAGAAACAAGAGGAGAGGACCAACAGAGAAGUAGCAGAGACUCGGGGCCAUUCUGCUCUUCCUCCUGUGAAAAAGAAGAUGGCAGGCAGGGAAAGAGAGAGAGGAGAAGUGAAGAUGAAUGAGGAGAGAGAAGAGCGAGGGGAAGUGGCGAGGCAGAAGGAAGAGUCUGCUGGGAGGAAGAGGAGAGGAAGGCUGAAACACAAAGAGUUAGUUGUUGGAAACCAUGACAACCCCCUGGAGAAAGAGGAGGGGGAGAUCAACCAGGAAAUGGAAGAGGAGUCUCACCUAAAAUCCACCAAAAGGCCCUCUGCAACACAAAAUAACAAUAACAAAACAAAAGCAAAUUCAGAGGAAGACACAGACACAGACCAUCUUUCCACCAAUGCUGACAAACACAGCAGCGUCCAAUCAGUGAGCUCGCUCAGGUCCGCUGAGUUCCAGUUUAAUCAGAGGAGCUCCAGAAGGUCUGCUUCCUCUUCCUGUGAGGGGCCAGUGCCAGCCAGUGCCAUGGGACUCGCUUCAUCACGUGACCGCCUGUCGUCAUGUUCAACUGUCAUGGUAACGGAGGAACAGCUGAUGCUGAACCCAGUAAAGCCAGAGUCCUCCAGGCCCGGAAAGAGUCAGAAGGAGGAGGAGGAGGCUGCAGCUCUGCGUCUGGCCCAGCGAGCAGAGAGACGGAGGCAGGAGGUGGAGAGGAAGAGGAGGGAGCGGGAGGAAGAGGAGAGGAAGCAGCAGGAGAAGGAGCAGACAGAGGAGAGGGUGAAGAGCGAGCUGGAGGAGGAAAGGAAGAAGAGAGCUGAGGAGCUCAGCUCAACCAGGAAACACUGUCCGUGGAAACAAAGAGGGAGUUCUGUACAAAAAAGGCUGUAACUUUGGAAGAUACCCCCUUAAUUUGAUUAAUUCAGACUGGUGAAGCCAAAAAAUAGCUUCUUCAGAACUUUAGAAUAUAUUUUUGUAUGAAACGAGAACUGGAUUUUGCCCCCAUCACUUACAUUAAAAGCAUCUUAGGAAGGGAUCUUUUAAUGGCCAGUAAGAACAGGACAAAUGUUUACAGCAAGCAAAAACUGUUUCAAUGCCAAAUGGGCACCUGUCUAUUGUUUUAAGACAGACCUGAAAUAAUGUGACCCUAUCCUUUAAUACAGGAAUCACAUACUGUAGGUGUGAUCAAAUCUACAUCAUGGUACAACACAUUUAUUUUGUCAGGAUACUGAUAUUAUUCAAGGCAAAUAGAUACAAUUCCAGAGAUUUAGUACUGAACUUCCACAAAGUUGGAGGACUUUGCGAGAGACAGUUAAAGAAAAUAAAGGUCAGAGGCUGAGAUAUCCUGACUUUUAUUCCCUAGUUUAAGCUCCCAAAAAGCUGGAUCUGGACAAUUCCCAUAAUGCAGCUAAUUUGUGUAUUUCAUUAGACCCUCCCUGCCAAACUACAGAACCCUCCCCACAGAGGAGAUUACACAACUGUCUUCUCAGGCUGAGUAGUAACCGUGACAGGUAAAAACAUCCUCAGGAGUAAAAUUGACGGAAUGCCCCUUUAACAGAAAAAUUUUCCAACUUCUCUCUGAAAGUCUAUAAUUUUCCAUGAGAUGUUUUAACCGCUAGUUUUACUUCUUUUAAUGUGUGACUUGAUGGUGAUUUUGAGAAUUAUUGUUGAAUUAAAGAUAUAUUUUAAAAAUAGCAAUUAUAGGCGCUUUAAGGUUUACCAAAAAGAGUUUGGUAUUUUUGGGCAUGUUUGCUUGAUUGGCACUACUGUUGGUGACGAUAUGUUAACUGGUACUGUGCGGCCUCCAAAUUCUUGUGUAUAACUUUUUAACUGCUAUACUGUCCACACAGUGAAUUCUCCUUAGUCAAACAGUUAGCUAACAGUGUGAAGUUCUCCAGUAAACACAAGGCAUAACUUUUGUUGGAGAUUUAAUGAAAAUUCACACUUUGGUAAAACUGCAACAAAAGAACAAAUGGCAAAAAGAAAUCAGAAUAUAACCAAUAUACCUUACAUAGGCACAAUGUAAAGCUUCAACUGUUAGAAACAGAAAGUGCUAAGACACAGGGCGAGCAUUUCUAAUUACAAGCUUGCAGGGUCCUGUGUAGAUGGUAACCCUGGAUUUGCGGAAACUUUUGCGAGAUUUAGGUUUAGGUAACACAUCUACUUGGAUAGGUUUAGGCAAUAAAACUACUUGGUUAGCUUUAGGAAUGUGCACAAUAAAGAAACAAAUCUUGUGAGAGUUUCGCAAAUCCAGUGUUACCAUCUGGACACGACCAGUUUGCAGCUAUCAAUUAACUCAAUUUUAAGCCUAAUUUGCAGCAAAACAAAAUAUAGCAACUGUAUUCAGGUUAUAGUAUCUAAAAACUGAUACAACAAAAUACUCAUGGACAAAUAGUGACCACGGCAACAACAUAUGAAGAUACAUUGCAGCAGGAGAAGCAGUCACACUGUGUUCUCCACCAUUCCUCCCUGCUCCAAGACUACUGCUGUUGAAUGACCAGGAGGGGGCACUGCAGCACACAAAAUAUACUCUAAUAUAAUAUCUAAUAUAAAUUCUAAAUAACAGUUUUAAAUACAGAACAUAUAUACACAACAACUACCACUUCAUUAAUAUUCAAUCUCCAUCACCAGACUGAAGAGGCUGGCGGAGGAGGAGGAGAGAAGGAAGCGCGAGGAAGAGGAGCAGGAGCGAGCAAGAUGGGAACAGGCGCAAAGAGAGAGAGAGAGGAGGCGGCAGGAGGAGAAGAGGCGGCAAAUGGAGCGAGUCCAGAGGAUGAGAGAGGAGGAGGAACAGAGGAGGAAAGCUGAACUAGAGCGUCUCCGCCUGGAAGAGGAGAGGAGGCAGGAGGAGGAGAGCAAGAAGCUACAGGAGAUGGAUGAGAGCGAGAGGAUAGAGUACCUCUAUAGGAAGGAGCAGGAGGAGGAGGACAGGAGGAACAAAGAAGAGGAGCGUAAGAGGACAGAAGAGGAGGCCGCCUCGCGGACCGCAGAGGAGGCCAGGCUACAGGCGGAGCUGCUCGCCAGACAGAUGGCACUGUUGCAGCAGCAGCUGGCCUUUAAAAGAGGUCUCGUGUUGGAGGCUGGAGGUCUGGAGAAAACUCAGGGUAUCUCCAGACCGUGGAUAUACUCUUAUUUCACUUUGUUACAGCUGCUGGGUCUAAAUCCAACUAAAGCUGAGACCACGACCCCUGACCUUUAACCUCCACUCGAGAUCAUGAUGGAAAGAUUUUUGUUUGAUGAAAUUGUUCACUAAUUUUGGAAGCUCAUCAAAUCAAAUGGAACACAUUCAGUGAUGGGAGGUAUCUACACAUUGAUGCUUCUCCUUCUCCAUUGUCCAUUUGUGAAACAUACCAUGCCAAGGACGUGCACAAGUGCAGGCCGCACUUGAAUAUAAAUCUCCACAUAUGUUUCCAAACAAUGCACAGCUUGUGACAUUUGCAUCACAUCGUGCAAUAUUGCCUUAUACAGUAUAAUGCUAUCACAUGAACAACUCUUAGCUAGCUAGCUGGCUUACAUAUAGGAAGUCUGCUGAGGGAGGCAGCUAAAGAGCUGAAUUUGCAGAGCUGGAUUCAGAUUACCAGCAGGUCAGCAGAUGAAGCAUUAUGAUAGAAAUGUCAAGCAACCAUUUCCUACAUGGUUGAGGUGAAGCAGGCCUAUUUUCUCUUUUUAAAAGUUGGGCGUAGGCUAAUAACUAACUAACUUCAAUCAAUGAUAAAUAAAUAGUACAUCUGUGCAUAGUAUUGUGAAUGAGUUUCAACUUUAACAUAAGAACUAAUUCCUGGGCUUCACCAGGAAACAUCGAGUCAAGCCACUGUCAGCAUCACAUCCAUGAAAAUUCAACUGCGUACACAAAAGUGUUAGUGCAUUUUUUUUCAAGUGAGAGAUGAAAGUUGACAAUUCAUUCAGAUGUUCAGAAUUUAAAUGAUUAGAAUUGUUGAACCAGCAAAAUAUAUAUAAGGUACUUGCUAUUUUAAAUAGUAGUUCUACAAUGCCCAAGCAAUUGUGAAUGGAAAAGGCUGUGGAUAAUGGUAUUCUUAAAUCUGAUUCUAAUAAUUCAAUUUAAGAUGAGGCGCAACCACAAGGAUCCGUUUCUUCAAAGACAGAAAUAUUUAUUAUGUAAAUCCAGGCAUUCUGUGGUAUACAUUCAUAUAGAUAUGAGAUAUGAGUAUAAUCAAAACUUGGUUUUGGAUGAUACAGUGAAGUAUAUACAUUUUCCAUUGACUCGAAUUUGCAAUCUACUUUUAAAUUUUUACUUUACAUGAUUUAUACAAUAUCAAUUCAUAAUCAUCUGAGUUCAAAGAGUUUACGUUUGAAGUUUGAAUAUUUGUUUCCUCAAAGUUUGAAUGGUUUACAUAGCUUCUGCUGUCUAUAACAAGUAAUUAAAUGAAGGAUUGUGCCAUGUUGUAACAUGA